AUAAAGGGUACGACAGAUAAACACUUGAUGAAUUAAUUCUGAAGCGGAAAAUUAACAAAUGAAUGCAGAUUGUGUAUGGCUGUGUUGGCGGCAGCGCAGGAGGCGGCGGGCGCGCAGGCUCGCGCUGCGCCAGCUGAUACCAUGGGCGGCGCGCACCAGCCCGCUGCUCCGGGGCCCAGCUCGCUGUUCAUAUUCUCCAACGAAAAUCCUAUUCGGAGGUAUACAAAAUUCAUCAUCGAGUGGCCGCCCUUCGAGUACGCGGUGCUGCUUACCAUCAUCGCCAACUGCGUGGUGCUGGCGCUGGAGGAGCAUUUGCCUAACGGCGAUAAGACCGUCUUAGCACAGAAUUUGGAAGAGACCGAGACGUACUUUUUAGGAAUAUUUUGUGUAGAAGCCUCGUUAAAAAUCUUAGCCUUAGGUUUUGUUUUACACAGGGGAUCGUACCUUAGGAACGUUUGGAACAUCAUGGAUUUUUUCGUUGUAGUAACUGGUAUCAUCACGCAGCUGCCGGUCGCGCCCGACGUCGACUUCAGGACCUUGCGUGCCAUUAGGGUGCUGAGGCCCCUUAAAUUAGUAUCGGGCGUUCCUAGUCUGCAAGUGGUCUUGAAGUCCAUCAUCAAGGCUAUGGCCCCGUUGCUUCAGAUCGGGCUGUUGGUGCUUUUCGCUAUAGUCAUCUUCGCCAUUAUAGGCCUCGAGUUCUACUCUGGGGCACUCCAUAAGACUUGUUAUACUUUAGAAGAUAUUAAUGAAAUAAUGAAUGAUGGCGACAAUCCAACGCCUUGUAACGCGGACAACGUGUCGCUGGCGCCGUACGGGGCGCACGUGUGUGAGUACGAUAAGAGCACGUGCCUCGAAAAGUGGGAGGGGCCGAACAAGGGCAUCACGUCCUUCGACAACAUCGGCUUUGCCAUGCUCACUGUCUUCCAGUGCAUCACCAUGGAGGGCUGGACCGCCAUCCUCUAUUGGACAAAUGACGCGUUAGGUAGUGCGUUCAACUGGGUUUACUUUGUGCCUCUCAUAGUAUUGGGUUCAUUCUUUAUGCUCAACUUAGUUCUCGGUGUCCUUAGCGGUGAAUUUGCUAAAGAAAGAGAGAAAGUAGAAAAUAGACAAGAAUUUCUUAAGUUAAGAAGGCAGCAGCAGCUAGAGAGAGAACUCAACGGUUAUGUUGAGUGGAUAUGUAAAGCCGAGGAAGUAAUAUUAGCAGAAGAAAGAACAACAGAAGAAGAAAAAAUGCACAUAAUAGAAGCUCGGAGAAGAGCAGCAGCUAAGAAAAAGUUAAAAAACUUAGGCAAAAGUAAAAGCACAGACACAGAAGAAGAAGAGCAAGACGAAGACUGCGGGGAUGACGGUUUUCUGAAAAGCAAGUCGAGAUCUGUGGGCAAAUGCGCGGACUUCUGGCGCGCCGAGAAAAGGUUCCGGUUUUGGAUCCGACACACAGUGAAAACCCAGUGGUUUUAUUGGUUCGUCAUCGUCUUGGUGUUCUUCAAUACGAUAUGUGUCGCUGUUGAGCACUAUAAGCAACCUAAGUGGCUAACUUCGUUUUUAUAUUACGCCGAAUUUGUGUUCUUGGGUUUGUUCAUGAUGGAGAUGUGGGUGAAGAUGUAUGCGUUGGGACCGCGGAUAUACUUCGAGUCCUCGUUCAACCGGUUCGACUGCGUGGUCAUCUCGGGCUCCAUCUUCGAAGUGGUCUGGUCGGAGGUUAAGGGGGGCUCCUUUGGCCUCUCUGUCCUUAGAGCUUUAAGACUGUUGAGAAUAUUUAAGGUCACAAAAUACUGGUCAUCACUCCGAAACCUAGUGAUAUCUCUCCUGAACUCGAUGAGAUCCAUCAUCUCUCUGCUGUUCCUUCUCUUCCUGUUCAUCCUUAUCUUCGCCCUGCUCGGCAUGCAGCUGUUCGGAGGGCAGUUCAACUUCGAAGACGGCACGCCACCUACCAACUUCAACACUUUCCCCAUUGCGUUGCUUACUGUCUUCCAGAUCCUAACAGGAGAAGAUUGGAACGAAGUGAUGUAUGACGGCAUCAAGUCUCAGGGCGGGAUACAGAGGGGCAUGCUUUACUCUCUGUACUUCGUCAUCCUGGUGCUGUUUGGCAACUACACCCUGCUAAACGUGUUCCUUGCCAUCGCUGUCGACAACUUGGCUAACGCCCAAGAAUUGACAGCGGCAGAAGAGGAACAAGUCGAGGAGGACAAAGAGAAGCAACAACAAGAAUUGGAGAAAGAGAUGGGUGCGUUACAUGCGGUGGAUGGGACUCCACCUCGAGUAGACUUAAGUCCCUCUUCGCCGGCGAGUAGGAAGAAAAAGAAAGAAGAGGCCAAAAAAGAAGACGAGGAGGAGAUACCAGAUGGACCAAAACCAAUGCUGCCAUAUUCGUCCAUGUUUAUUUUGUCACCUACUAAUCCAAUUAGGCGAGGCGCACACUGGGUUGUAAAUUUAAGAUAUUUUGAUUUUUUUAUUAUGAUAGUUAUAUGCUUGAGUUCUGCGGCUUUAGCAGCUGAAGACCCAGUCUUUGAAGGGAGUGAGCGGAACAAAGUGCUAAACUGGUUCGACUACGCGUUCACGGGCGUGUUCACCGUGGAGAUGCUGUUGAAGAUAGUCGACCUGGGCAUACUGUUCCACCCUGGCGCGUAUCUGCGCGAUCUGUGGAACAUUAUGGACGCCACGGUCGUCAUCUGUGCCCUCGUCAGCUUCGGUUUCGAGAUCGGAGGUGUCAAAAAGGGGGCGGGACAAAACUUGUCCACAAUAAAAUCGUUAAGAGUGUUAAGAGUGCUCAGACCAUUGAAAACUAUAAAACGUGUUCCAAAGUUAAAAGCAGUGUUUGACUGUGUUGUGAACUCUUUGAAAAAUGUCAUCAACAUUCUCAUUGUGUACAUAUUGUUUCAAUUCAUAUUCGCUGUAAUUGCAGUUCAACUUUUUAAUGGUAAAUUUUUUCACUGCAACGAUAUCAGUAAGAAUACAUUUGAAGACUGCCAAGGGUCGUAUUUCUUGUACGAUCAGAACAGCCUACUGCCGCGCGUGUGCCCGCGCCAGUGGAUGACGCAGAGCUUCCACUACGACAAUGUCGCGUCCGCGAUGCUAACGCUGUUCGCGGUGCAGACGGGCGAGGGGUGGCCACAAGUGUUACAAAACUCAAUGGCCGCCACGUACGAAGACAGGGGACCCAUACAAAAUUUUCGAAUAGAAAUGUCCAUAUUUUAUAUCGUUUACUUUGUGGUGUUUCCAUUCUUCUUUGUUAACAUAUUCGUAGCUCUGAUUAUUAUCACAUUUCAAGAGCAGGGUGAAGCUGAACUGCAAGACGGUGAAAUUGAUAAGAAUCAGAAAUCAUGUAUAGACUUCACGAUAGAAGCCCGACCUCUCGAGAGGUAUAUGCCAAGCAAAAGAGCGAGUUUUAAGUACAAAGUGUGGAGAAUAGUUGUCUCUACGCCUUUCGAGUACUUCAUCAUGACUCUCAUCGUACUCAACACAUUGUUGCUCAUGAUGAAGUUCCACGAGGCUCCACCAGAACUCAUGGACCCGUUAAUAUUCAUGAACCUCGUCUUUACGUUCUUCUUCUUUCUCGAGACCGUUUUGAAGCUGAUUGCCUUCGGAUGUACGAAUUUUUUCAAAGAUCCGUGGAAUACAUUUGAUUUCAUAACGGUCAUUGGAAGUAUAAUUGACGCCCUCAUUAUGGAGUUUGGCGAAAACACGUUCAACGUCGGUUUCCUCCGCCUGUUCCGAGCCGCGCGACUGAUCAAGCUGCUUAGACAGGGGUACACCAUUCGGAUACUGCUCUGGACAUUCGUGCAGAGUUUUAAAGCCUUACCCUACGUGUGCCUUCUCAUCGCGAUGCUAUUCUUCAUCUAUGCCAUCAUCGGGAUGCAGGUGUUUGGCAAUAUAGAGUUAUCAUCCGAGUCAGAUUUGAACAGACACAACAAUUUUCAAAGCUUCAUUCAAGCACUCAUGCUACUGUUCAGAUGCGCGACGGGCGAGUCGUGGCCCAACAUCAUGCUGGCAUGCCUGAAGCCCACCAAGUGCGCCAAGACCCCGGACCCGCAGGGCUCCAAGUCCAACGAGGUCUGCGGGAGCACGCUCGCCUACGCCUACUUCGUUUCCUUCAUCUUCUUCUGUUCCUUUCUUAUGUUGAACUUGUUUGUUGCCGUCAUUAUGGAUAACUUCGACUAUCUAACAAGAGACUCGUCCAUUCUCGGCGCGCAUCAUCUUGAUGAAUUUGUUAGAAUAUGGGCAGAAUAUGACCCAAACGCCACGGGGAAGAUUCAUUAUACAGAAAUGUACGAUAUGUUGAAAAAUAUGGAUCCACCUCUGGGGUUUGGUAAUAAGUGUCCAAAUAGACUAGCGUAUAAGAAAUUAAUUAGAAUGAAUAUGCCGCUAGAUGAAGAGGGGAAAGUUAAUUUUACAACAACACUAUUUGCCUUAAUUCGGGAAAACCUGAACAUCAAGAUGAGAUCAGCCGAAGAAAUGGACCAAGCAGAUGCAGAACUAAGAGAAACGAUAACACAAAUAUGGCCACUCCAAGCAAAGAAGAUGUUAGACUUGUUGGUGCCUCGAAACGACGUACUCAAUGCAGGGAAAUUGACCGUAGGAAAGAUCUACGCGGGAUUGCUCAUUUUAGAGAGCUGGAGAUCUACUAGGUUUGGCCAAACCGCACCACAGGGCGUUCCGGCAUUCAACGAGAAUAGCCCUACGGCCAUUCAGCCGGUAUUGGAGCUGCAAGGAUCGCAACAUGCGUCUAUGGAGUCCUUGGACGAUGGGCGGUUACAAGCAGCUCAUACAUACCAAAAUGGUCACCAUGGAAGAUCUUCUAGUUUAAGACGAACGCCAAGUCCGAGACGACGAGGGCACUACGGAGGUUACCAUCACGAUAUCGGUUUCUCCGACACCGUCAGCAACGUCGUCGAGAUAGUUAAGCAUGAACAUCAAAGGCACGGGCGAACGCACCGUGCGCCACACCACUAUCACCCACAUGGGAAGGAGUGGAGGGCGCCGCACCCCACAACCAGCCUGAGCCAGCCCUCGCGAUCGCCCAGCCCGCCACACCACACCUACGUUUGGGCACCGAUAGGUGGCGACCGGGAACGGGAGCGGGAAAGGGAAUGGCGGGAAUGGCGCGACCGCUCGUACGAGCGAGAGGGCACGCGCCGCGGCCGCGGCCGGCAGCUGCCUCCCACGCCCACUAAACCGUCCACGCUACAGGUCAAGCCGCAGCCGCCGUUCACAAGAAUCAGCCACAGCCCAUCACACUUAUCAUUGAGGCAUACGGUGAGAGAACCCGUAGAGCCUGUACAUGAUGAGUAUGAGUAUGGCCGAGAAGUUGAAAGACUGAUACACCGAGAUUAUAGAUCUAGAGAGAGACGCGGACGAGGCUACGACCUGGAGCGCGGGGGCGGCGGGGGCGGGGGCGGUGCGCGCGCUUACGAGGCGCCGCUGAGUUACGAGGCGGCGCUGGCGCUGGGCCGCGGUGGCGGCUCGCGCGCGCUCCCGUCGCCCGCCGGCGGCGCGCCGCGGCUGCCCAACGGGUACAAGCCGCGCGCGCGCCACUCCGACUCCGACGAGGACGACUGGUGCUAGCGGCGCGGCCGCGCGCGCUCCCAGCGGGACGUGCGCGCGCGCGCCGGCCCGCACCCCGCGCCCGCGCACUCCCUCUGACCCCCCGCACGCGCACUUUUUAUUAGUGAUGGCCCAACUCGGGAAAAACAAAACUCGAUUUAACCCGAGUUAAAAUCCACGUAACUCGAGUUAACUGGAUGGACAAGUCAGUUUUUUUUUCUUAUUUUUACCAGUUCAUUCCCUCAGAUCCGUAUAAACAUUUAAAAACAUAUCAUUUAUAAUGUAUUGGGAGAAUCAUACUAACUAAAUUAAGAAAGAAAAAAUUAUUGUUUGAAAUAUAAUAAUUUAUUCAUGGAUUUUUGGCUUGAAUUUUAAUUUUAAAAAAUAUUUAUAUUUAUUAUCACUUGGCAUUUUUAAAAAACAGAACAUAAAACACGAGAAUCUACAACAAUAACCGGCAGUUUAAAGUUAACUUCAAAUGAACGUCAUAGUCUCAAUCUCAACACUCAAAUGAUCGGCAAUCUUCGUUCCAUGUCGGAUCCAUUCGGUUUAUGAUACGAACUCGAGUCUGAGAGAAUUCAACUCGAGUGGGUUCGAGUUACGCCCAACUCGAGUUAACUCGAGUUACUUACUUGAGUUGACCAUCACUACUUUUUAUACCAACCGUGUAAAACGACUCUCGUUGCUCAGCCGUUUGGACGUCCCUCCCGGAGCGGGCCGCCCCGCCCGACAACCCUCGACGGGCCUCCGCGAGCUAUAUCCAAAUUCUAGUGUUUACAAAGUUUUGGAAAAUUUAAUUUUUAAUUCGCUAAAAUUUUACUCCUUGAUUUACUAAGGUUAAGGUGGCGUAAGACGGUGCCGGACGACUCGUUUGCGCUAGGAUUUUUACAUGAAAUUAUUAGUCCGUAUCGUAAAGUAAUCGUUUCUAUAUAAAUUUGCACCGCGCACGCGGCGCCGAGGGCGGGGCCGGCCCGACACCGUUUCACGCCCGUUAGACGUUGGAGGAACACUAGCGAUUCAUCGUCGAACAAAUUAAUACUAGUAUUGUAUAAAAUAUUUACAUAGCGAAUAAUUUUUACUUAGUUAAUAUACUAAAUAAAUAAUUAAACAUUUUUUAUUGAAUUUGCUGUCCUUCCCCCAAGUGCUUUAUACCUACGUUAUUUAAAUACGAUUAAAACUAAAUAAAUAUGAAUUGUAUGUAACUUUGAAGAUAUAUUUCAGCAUUAAAGGAUUACCUAAAUUGUUAAAUCGUGUACUGAUAUUGUUUAUAGAGAUUUUGCCGCCUGGUUUACUGCAUAAUGUGUGUACGAUUAUUCGUUUAGUAUUACCGACUAACAAGAUGCAUUAGAUGUAAGAAUCGACGUCCUUGUAAAAGUAUCUGGGUUAUUGCUCGAUAAAAUCUUAUUAUAGAUCGGUUUGUAGAGGUUACUUUGAAUAGUACUAAGCCAAAAGGUCAGCAACAACCAAUUAAAUCCCAAUUUAGUUGUUUGUUUAGUAAAACCCAUAAAUAAAUGACACAGAUACUCUUAGACCGAUGUCUCGCUGCAAUAUGGCGUGUUCUCAUCGACAUAAGUAUGUUUGUUUAUCUAUAACAAAAAAAUUAUUACUGUUUAGAAGUUGUGAAAACACAAGAGAAAAUAUUUACGUGUGUAACAUAAAAUUAUGAAUUCUAGCAAUUGUUACUAAAAUACCUUACAACGAAAUAUAAAAUUUCUAAUGCAAUAAAAUAUAAUUAUUUUCAUAGUAUGUCGAUGAGGCGUUUAACAUAGAAAAAACAAAGCAAU